GUUCCCUCGGCCGACGCUAGGAGCUGUCCGUGGUGCUGAAUGCGCGGAAGAGCCUGAAGAGGAGGCUCCCAGCACAGAGCACAGAGCAGCAUCAGCAUCAGCAUCAUCAGCAGCAGCAGCUCCACAGUCUACAGGCUUCAGUCAGUGGACUCACUACAGUCAGUAGUCAGUAUAGUCGUGGUGGUGGCGGACCCAGAACUAAAAAGCACCGUCGUCUCUGUCAAUGAGUAACAUUCAGACAGCAAACCCCGGGCUGAAGUCACCGAGAGGAGCGCUUCGUGUGUGUGAGUAGUCGGUGUUCGGCAGGAGCUCAGUGUUUUUCAGUCCAGCCAGAGGAAAAAAAAAGUGUUGAUCCCAAGGACGUUCACUACUAAAAGCUUGAGAAGCGCAAAACGGGGUGGAAAAACGCGAUGAAUGCUGCCAGAGAUUAUUAUUCUUAUUUCCCUCUCCUGCUUGUUUUUGUGGCGGCGGUGACAGAGAUGGGCGCUGAAGCCUCUGCCUCUGAGGAUGGUAUAUCUAUCACCCCGGGGGGCCCUCCAGAGAGUGGGGCCAGCCUGUACCCCACCACCCAGGACACAGGCAGCAGGCUCCCCGUUGUCACGACCGCCCCACCUGUCAACGUCCCGAACCACCAUCAACUCUACAGGAAUCCCCCCCAACGCCCUCAGGGUCAGCCAACCUACUUUGAAGACAGCGGGUUAUCCAACUCUCAGCCCACCUUCUCAACCCUGCCAUCCGGUACUCCGCUGGAUAAUGGUGAUAAAAGGGCUUCACACGAGAGUGCCGACAGCUCCAACAUGCAAACAACCCUUGUAAUGCAAGCAUUAGCGGCCACUUCUCACUCCAACACCCAUGCUCCAGUCAGCAGUGUGGUUUUGAAAGAUCCAGAACAUGCUGCCACCAUCCCUUCUACUGCUGCAUGGGAGAGAGAUGUAGGGAGGCCAGAUCAGCUUGGACUGAAGCACAAUGUGAGGCCCGGCAGUGAUGAAGACGAGACAACCACCACUACCAUCACCACCACCACCAUAAUCACCACCAUGCAGAGUCCAGUUCCCUGCCAGCUGAACCUGACUGGGCCAGAAGGAUACAUAGAGGCUCCACCACAGUCCAGCUCUGCUUUUCACUCCACUAUGGACUGCAGCUACGUCAUCACUGUCUAUAUGGGCUAUGGAGUGGAGGUCCAGGUGAUGAAUGUGAAUCUAUCUGAGGGAGACAAGGUGGUGUUUGAAGAUGCGGGCCACGGGGAGAACACCAUGUUGGCCAAUGAGUCCAUUCUGAUGAGGGGAUUGGUAGUACGAAGCCACAGCAAUCAGAUCUCUAUCCGCUUCCACAGCCAGAGGUCUCAGGUUGGAUCCGUCCUGCUCAGAUACCAAGCCUUUGUGUUGAGCUGUGUCUUCCCCCAGCGGCCUCUCUACGGUGAUGUAUCAGUGAGCAGUCUCCACUCUGGGGGGGAGGCUUUCUUCUCCUGUCUGACCGGCUACCAGCUGCAAGGCCCCAGUGUGCUGACCUGCCGCAAUGCUAGCACCCCCUACUGGAGUGGCAAGGAACCACACUGCCUAGCUGCCUGUGGUGGUUUGAUCAGGAACGUCACAGUCGGUCGGAUCGUCUCGCCUGGUUUUCCCAGCAACUACAGCAACAACCUGACCUGCCACUGGCUGCUGGAGGCCCCUGAGGGCCAGAAACUACAUAUCCACUUUGAGAAGGUGGCGUUGGCUGAGGAUGAUGAUCGGCUGCUGAUCAAAAAUGGUAACAGUAUAUCUGCAGCUGCCCUGUAUGAUUCAUAUGAGGUGGAGUAUCUUCCCAAUGAAGGUCUACUCAGCACGUCCAGGCAUCUCUUCACUGAGCUGACUACAGACGCUACAGGCACAUCCACUGGCAUUGCCAUAAGGUACCAAGCCUUUGCAGCAGGCCACUGCUACGAACCCUUCGUGAAGUACGGUAACCUGACCAGUAGUGACAACACUUGGGCAGUGGGAGCUGUGGUGGAGUUUGCCUGUGACCCCGGCUAUACUCUGGAACAGGGAUCAGUCACCAUUGAAUGCAUGGACCCCAACAAUCCCCAGUGGAAUGAGACCGAGCCUGCCUGCAGAGCUGUGUGCAGUGGUGAGAUCACAGACUCAGCUGGAGUGGUGCUGUCUCCUAACUGGCCCGAAGCCUAUGAUAAAGGCCAGGACUGUAUCUGGGGAAUCCACGUUGAGGAGGACAAGAGGAUCAUGGUUGACAUUCAAGUGUUGAAUAUUGGGAAGAAUGACCUGUUGACCUUUUAUGAUGGAGAUGACCUUACAGCUAAAGUACUGGGUCAGUAUGGCGGAUCAAAGUCCCGAUUUAAGCUUUACACCUCCACCGCAGACCUCACCAUCCAGUUCCAGUCUGACCCUGCCACCAACGUCUACGGCUAUGGCAACGGCUUCAUAGUCCACUUCUUUGAAGUAGCUCGUAAUGACACCUGCCCCGAGCUUCCAGAGAUCUCUAAUGGCUGGAAGAGUACAUCUCACCCCGAGCUGGUUCAGGGCACCGUGGUGACCUACCAGUGUUAUCCUGGUUAUCAGGUGGUGGGCGCCGAGCUGCUCAUGUGCCAAUGGGACCUCACCUGGAGCGGUGACCUACCAAGCUGUGAGAGAGUGGUGUCUUGCGCUGACCCUGGAAAGGUGGAGCACAGCAGACGGGUGCUGUCAGGUCCUCAUUUCACCGCGGCUUCAACCAUCCAGUACAUCUGCAACAAGGGCUUCACUCUGUCUGGAAACAGCCUGCUCACCUGCUACAACCGAGGCUCCUCGGGCCCGAAGUGGAGCCAGAAGUUGCCGAGAUGCCUGCCUGAGACUUUUGAGCCCUGCGGUAACCCGGGAACACCUAUAUAUGGGAUCCCAAGCUCCAAUAAGCUCCAUUUCCAGGCUGGAGAGACCCUCCACUACUCCUGUCUCACCGGCCACCAGCUGCUGGGUGAGCCUGUUCUCCAUUGUGUCCCAGGACACCCAUCCCAGUGGAGUGGGCUGCCACCUGUCUGCAAAGCCCAACCGGAGUUUGAUGAGCACAGAUUAGCUGUGUCUACUGCAGCCUUAAGAAUGGAGGGGGCCCAAGUAGCAUUUGCUGUCUUCAUCCCCACCAUCCUCCUCCUCGUCCUCUUCAUUGGGAUCUACCUCUACUUCACAAAGGUUCAGAGGAAGCCACUACAGCUCUCCCUGUCCUCCAACUUACCAUAUGAAAACAUCACCGGAGAAUCUACAUUUGACAACUCAGUUUAUGAGACAACGAACAAUGAGGAUACAAGAGAAUACGAGGUUUCGAUCUGAAGACGCCAGUGUUUGUGUUUCAGUAUGGACAGAUAAGAAGCCUGCUGGCCUUUUCGACGUCUAUUCAGACUCGCACCUUUGGUGACUCCCUUGACGCCUCCUUGUUCUCUGUACACUAAAUAUGAGCCUCCCUUUAUUUACCCAACAGAGGACCCCCACACUACCCCUGGAAAGGCUGGGCCACCGGAUUAUUUUUCUAGCUCUUCAACAGUAACAGUCCAGCAGCAGCAGUUUGUACAGUUUUUAAUCCUGUGCUCGCAUCCUGAGGACUUUCAGUGCAAAGUACCGUCACAGAAGGCAGAGGGAAUCAAUGCGAAGCUUGUGUCAUUAAGUGCAUAUAACCACAUAUGUUACAUUGUGUUAUGUAUACACUGUAUGUCUCCCGCCACCAUUUUGCUUGGAUUUGUGGGAUGUCUAUUAAGAGUAAAAUCCUACAAUUGAACGUCAGCAAAAUAACAGCAUGCUUUUAUCAGAGUAUGCCCAAACAUGUUGCCCAUUGAAUUGAUGCAACCUUCUAAGAUAAUAAA